AUGGCAGCCUAUCAAUCAGAAGUCAACACCUUGCGAAAUACCUUUGGGACCAACAAGACGAAGUCCAUCAAAUGGCGCAAGUGGCAGCUCAAGCAGAUCUGGUGGAUGGUGGAGGACAAUGAGCAAAGAUUCGUUGAUGCACUGACCAAGGACCUUGGACGUCACCCCUAUGAGUCUGUUGCUUUCGAGAUCAGGAGCAUGAAGGCAGAUGUCGUUAGGGGCCUCGAGAAGGUUGAGGAAUGGUCGCGUGGCCAUGCACCAGAAGGUGCCGGCUUUAUCUUCGGCACUCUUGGGAAAGCGUGGCUGAGGAAGGAGCCGCUUGGUGUUGUUCUGGUCAUUGGCGCAUUCAAUUUCCCUCUCUUUACGCUCUGGGGUCCUGUGAUUGGAGCGAUCAUCGCAGGCAAUGCUGUUGUCUUGAAGCCAUCAGAACUGUGUCCAGCGACCAGCGACUUGAUCGCCGAGCUCGUGCCAAAAUACAUGGAUGACUCGGCUAUCAAAGUGGUCACUGGCGGUGCGAAGGAGACUGGCCAGCUACUCGAGCUCAAGUGGGACUCUAUCUUCUACACCGGAGGCAGCAAGGUUGCCCGAAUUGUAUCUGCUGCAGCUGCGAAGAAUCUCACGCCGGUCACUCUGGAGCUCGGUGGCCAGGAUCCUGUCAUUGUGGGCAAGUCCGCGAACAUCGAUAUCACCGCAAAGCGCAUUGCGAACGCGAAGUUCGUCAAUGCGGGACAAGUCUGCGUCAACGUAAAUCACAUCUUCUGCGACCCUUCCGUGUACGACAAGCUUAUCGAGCGCCUCAUCUACUGGAAUAAGGAGUUCACCAAGACAGAGGGUUCGCUGGCAAGCAUUGUGAACGAUCGCCACUUCGAUCGUGUUUCAGCACUUCUCAAAGGCACUUCGGGCGAUGUCGUGUAUGGUGGCACAUCUGACAAGUCCAAGCGCUACAUUCACCCCACGAUCGUCAAGGAUGUCAAGAUCGACGACUCGCUUCUCACCGAGGAGAUCUUCGGACCCAUCGCUCCUGUGCUUGCAUAUAAGGUUGAUGAUGCCAUCAAGGUCAUCAACUCCAUGCCCCAUGCACUCGCGCUAUACAUUUUCUCAGAGGAUAAGGCAGAGAUCAAGAAGAUCCUGGACAGUACACAAUCUGGUGGCGUUACUGUGAAUGAUAUCAUGCUUCAUAUGGCCGUUCCAGGAGCGCCAUUCGGCGGUGUUGGAGAAAGUGGUCACGGUGCACAAAACGGCAAAUACACAUUCGAGGCCUUCACGCACACGCGAACUGUACUUACAAUGCCCGCCUGGCUGGACAAAGCACUUUCAUUCCGCUACCCUCCAUUCGACCUGAAAAACGCUGCCGGGUUUGGAGCGGUCAAGGGAGGCAAGCUGAUCGGAAAGAGAGGAGAGACGAUGGAGGAUCAGAAGGUCGGAGGUGUCAACCUGACAAGUACCCUCGGCAAGAUCUUCUUCGUGACUGCGCUGCUGGCCGGACUCGACCGCGCGAGUGGAGGCAAGCUGCAUCUUACGGAGACUGUGAGAGGCAUAGUGUCGCGGAUCAAGGGCUGA